UCGGCAGCAUGCCGUGUGCGAAUGUCCGAAACUGGUUCCACAACCGUGUGCGCUCUCUCCGGUUUUGCAGCUCGGUCGUGUCCUCCCCGCCCCCCGUUUCACCCACCUAGUCGGUAUCCCUUUCGUGGGGAACCAUUCGGGGCCCUAGGUUCACUGUAGUGGUUGUUGUUGUUGUAAACAAGUAUCGUUAAAUGUCAGUAACGUCGAAGGUUUUUGCAAGUUUGGAUGUUUUAUUAUCAAUUAUACAAACAUAUAGUGUGGCACAAGGGAAUUUUCAGCUGUUCGGCCGAAUAUAAUGAAUAAAUCACUUAAUUAGCAUUCCGAUUCAUUGGUUGCCGGGUGUAAAGUUGUGAAAUGUCGCGCCAAGUGCCGAUUCUAUUGUGACAGCUUUUUUUUUGUCCAACCGCUCCCUCGAAUCGUGCUCUUGACAGGCGUUUGAUUUUUUUUUUUUGUGUUUGCUGAUGCCGCAGGUCAAACUCGAAAAUUACGCCCUUUGUAUUUACCGCGAGUGUCAAGUGCAUAUGAAAAAAGCAGACCGCCGCCACCGUCGCCUAGAGUUGAUGUCGCGUGCAGUGCAAAAGCCGUAAAGGAGCAAAAAAGGAAGAACGGAUUCCUAGGUGACAACGGGCCUUUUGUGCCGGUCAGAACACUGGUGGUCACUCCCCUCGGCGAGAAGAAAAAGUGCAAUGCAGUGACUCUUUUUUCCCGUGUGCCUCAACAGGAAAAGUAUUGAUGAAUUGUGUAGAAGUGAGUCUGAUUCCGAUUUAAGGCCUUGCAAGGUGCUGCCAGGCGCCCGCGCUCCAGCGCGGAACUAAUCGAGGAAGCGCAGUGACAUCUUCAACCAAGAGUGGACAACAAAGUUUACAAACCCGAAACCGACGACGAACGGAAGAUUUGCCUAAUCCAAGCCGUACCGCCCCGGUGUUCAGGUGCCAGCAAACAUGAUGGAUCGGAUACCGUCACUGUCGAUACCGGGCUUAUCGCUGUCCCAUCCGCUGUCGAUACCGACCUCGCAGAGUCUCACGAAUCAAUCAUCGCACGCCGCACUGAACUCGCUUAAUCUGCACAGCCAGAAUCUGCAUGCGGCGUCAUCUGUGAACGCCCUGCACGGUUCCCAGAGUGGUUCGACGACGGCGGCACACGCGGUUGCGGCCGCCGCCAACCUGCACCAAAACGUCGGUGGUCUGCUGAACGGAACCGCCAACAGCAACGGUUCUCCCUACUAUUACAGCCUGCUGGGGCAGACCAUGAUGAAGAAGCCCGCCGAGGAACACAUCAAACGCCCGAUGAAUGCCUUCAUGGUGUGGUCCCGGCUGCAGCGGCGGAAGAUCGCCCAGGACAACCCAAAAAUGCACAACUCAGAGAUCUCCAAGCGGCUCGGAGCCGAAUGGAAGCUGCUGACCGAGGACGAAAAACGACCAUUCAUCGACGAAGCGAAAAGGCUCAGAGCGAUGCACAUGAAGGAGCACCCGGACUACAAGUACCGACCGAGGAGGAAACCGAAACCAAUCCGACGCGACGGCUAUCCCUAUCCGAUGACGUAUCCCUCCGUACCGGUCGACGCACUACGAGCAGCUUCUUUCGUCGAUUUUGCAGGCAUCACACCCAGCUACUUUGCCCCCGGUGCUCCCUACCACUUAGGAAGUCAUCUGUCACAGGCUAGUCCUCCCACGACCCAGUCGUCGAUUUCCUCCCAGAUGGACGUUUCGAAAUUCGCCCUGGACCGGAGCGCCUACUUGAAUUCGGCGGCCGCCGGUGCGUUGUACGACACUACCAAAUCGCAAACCAAUCCCUACAGCGCCUACCUCGAUCCGACAACGGUCCUGACUAAGGCAUACUUCGAUUCCAAGAUGUACCAGGAUAGAGCAACGGCAGCCGCCAACUAUGCGUUCGACAUCUCCAAGAUCUAUGGCUCACAACAACAGCAACAACAGCAGCAGCAGCAACAACAACAGCAGCAGGCGCAAUCUCAAGCCCAGCAGCUGGCGCAUCAACAGCAGCAGCACCAACUGCACCAUCAGCACCAGCUAAACGGUGAUGACCGUGAACCAACACCGCAGUUAAGCGAUGUAAACGUCGACAUAAAACCACAGCUGGGUGAACAGGUGGACAGUUCUCCGCUGCACAGUAACAGUUACGGGCUCAACAGUGCUAACCUUCUCGGGGGUGGUGCUGCCGGACUUUACCAGUAUGCUGGGGCAAAUCAGACCAGCGCCGGAGCAGUUGGAGGCUCUGGAGCCGGAGGCGGAGGAAGUGCUGGCGAUUACCGCCGCCCGCUGACGGUUAUAUUUUGACCAAACUCGGAAGUGAUGGACGACAGAGAUUAUUAAAUAUUGGUAGAACUUAAGCACCACAAACAAUGGAUCAACGAUCACAAAUUGCUGUUUAUAUUAUUAAUGAUAAUAUUAUUAUUAUUACGAGUAUAAGGUGUUAUCAUUUUUAGCCAACCGCUUUCUGAUCUGAUGAAAUGUUGAGUUAGGACGCCAACCAUCCGUACUACAUUGGAAACGAGCCCCCAUGCAGAGUUAGUUUCAAAUCGAAAACAAAGUCCUCUCUUCAACAGGUUUUAACCUUGUCCUUCAACCAGAACGUAAGCGAAGACACGAACAUUUUAAAUUAUACCAGUUUGUAGCAUAUGUUUUAGAACAGUUAGGGUUGUAGUAUGCAAGGAACGAAUUUUUCAUAAAAUUAUUGAUGAAAAAAGCACGUGAUUUACGCUAAGAAAACAUAAGCAAAAAUAUUGUAAAAUAGUUCAUCAAAUAAACCAUUAACUACUCACAUUUUAGGUAAGAAAAUACACCUCUUUGAGACAACAGAAGAAAAAAAAACUCUAGUAAAAAUUAUAGCAAUUAAGUGAGCAUUUACUAACAUUUUCAAAUGUUUUAACGAAAUCCAUGUGAAUUCAGAAGUGGAUUCUUUCGACAGUAUUUAACUCUCUAAAAAAAAACAUACCGAAUGACGCGAGAUUGUAUAAAUAAAGCUGUUAAAUUAUUUCUCCACCUGGUGCGGUAAAUUAGGCGAUUAGUGUGUGUGCUUCUGUGGACGGACAGAGACGAAAAAAAAUGUACUACUAUAUCAGUAUACUGUGCGAAAACGAAGUAGAAGAAAUCAUGAUUGAACAGAAUAAAAAUAUAGUCUUAAUCACCGAA